AUGGCCCUCGACGAAGAAAAGGCAGUCGGUUCAGGCGGCGAGUUGACACAAGCGCAAAACCCCGAGGCUGGGAAGACACCCCCAAGACCCAGCUCAAGACCCCAGUCUCCUUCUGGCUCAGGUAUACAAGAGCUCUCGGACGAUUCCACAGCUCCAAUCCUACAGCAGAUCCCUCGCGCGCAGCGCCGAGGGCUGUUCGGCCAGUUCACCCUUAUUUCUGAGGUCGCCAACCCGAACGACUACCCCAGAACAACCAAGUGGUUGAUGACCGUCAUUGUUGCCCUGGCGGCAGCAACUUCGUCCAUCGGGUCCUCCAUCAUUUAUACUGCCCUGGCCGCGGUAGCCAAAGAUCUGCAUACCACCAACAGUGUCACCAACCUCUCCUUAGCCUUCUACCUCCUCGCCAUGGCCUUCACCCCACUAUGGUGGUCCUCCUUCUCCGAGACUCUAGGUCGGCGCACGAUAUACCUCGUCUCCUUCUCCCUCUUCACGCUCUUCUCCGUCCUGAGCGCAGUCAGUGUCAACAUGGCCAUGCUCAUCCUUUUCCGCGUCCUCAGCGGCGGCGCCGCAGCCUCGGUCCAGGCAGUGGGGGCCGGCACCGUGUCCGACCUCUGGAAACCGCACGAGCGAGGCCGCGCCAUGGGCGUGUUCUACCUCGGGCCGCUCUGCGGCCCGGGGAUCGCGCCCAUCAUCGGAGGCGCGCUGACAGGUGCCCUCGGCUGGCGGAGCACCAUGUGGUUCCUCGUCAUAUUUGGCGGUGUCUUGUUCUUUCUCAUCUUCUUCUGCCUGCCCGAGACGCUCUCUCGGCGCCGGCCCGACACACAGACGAGAAGAAGCCUGUCCUCAGUCGCCAAGCGCCUCAUCACCCCGCUCCACGUCCUCGCCUACCUCCGCCACCCUGCCGUCUUUGUCUGCGUCUACUCAGCCGCCACGGUCUUCGGCUCGUUCUACCUAGUCAACAUCUCGAUCCAGUCCGCCUUUUUGCUGCCCCCGUAUUCCUUCACCGCCACCGAGGUCGGCCUAGUCUACCUCGUGCCCACCCUGGCGUACGCCCUAGCCUCCAUCCUCGGCGGCCGCUGGACAGACUCCAUCAUGGCGCGGGAGGCCAGGAAAGCCGGCCGAAUCGAUGCCGCCGGCAAGCUCAUCUACCUACCCGAGGACCGCCUGAGGGAAAACAUCUGGCUAGCGGCCACGCUCUACCCGGCGGGCAUGAUCUGGUACGGCUGGUCGGUCGACAGACACCUCCACUGGGCUGUGGCGUGCGUGGCGAUCCUGUUCUUCGGGGUGGGCGGGAUGCUGCUCUUUGGGGCGGCGACGACGGCGCUCACGGAGUUCAUGCCGGGCCGGAGUUCCAGUGGCGUAGCGCUGAAUAAUUUCAUGCGGAGUAUAUUUGGUACUGUGGGCGUGGUGAUCGCGCAGCCGCUAAUUGAUGCCGUGGGGAACGGGUGGAUGUGUACUAUUGUUGGGUUGUUUGCCUGGGUUACGGGAAAUGUGGCCAUUUUGUGUCUUGUGGUCAGGGGACCGCGGUGGAGGGUUGAGAUGGAUCGAAAGUUGAAUGCUCAGGAAAAAUGA